AUGGUGCUAACUUCUCGAGUUGAUUCGAGUCCCACCGCUGGGACGUCUCCUUUCCUUUCCCGUGCCGACUCGGCCGCCAGCUGGCCAACCUCUGGCGUCAAAGAGACCGUAUUUGGAGUCCCGAAUAACUCAGGGAUUGAUUUCAACUCAAAGGCACUGCCUUUUUACUGGAAUUCUUCAUCUGGUAGCUCUGGCGCGUUUGGGGUGCCGCCAAACCCGGGUUUCGGCACAAACACUUCAGCGUUUGGUUUGUCUAAGGAUACGAGUCAGAAAACGGGCAUUUGGCCGACCCAGAAAUCUUUGCUGUCCAGCACCAUGAGUGGUUUUGAUUCGAGCACCUCGCCAUUUAAGUUUAAGUUUACUCAGGCGCCCGGCAUUCAGGGUUCUACCGGUUCCCAGUGGACAACGGCUUCUAAAGCUACAUCGGGUGACCAUAAUAAAGGAAGCAAAGUGUCGUCUUAUGUACCGACUUAUGCACCAAUACAGGAAUUUGGCCGCGAUAAGAUUCUUUCUAUAUCAGGAAUGGAGACUUACAAGGGUAAGAGCCAUGAGGAGCUGAGGGUAGAGGACUAUGAAUUACAUAACAAAGGUGGACUGCCGGCUGGUUUCAAACCCUCUGAUCCUCAGUGGAACGUCUUUCAAUUUCCUUCGUCACUUAACAAAUCUUCUUUCAAUCCUCCAGUUGGGCCGUUUAAAUCCAAUCCCUUUGCCCCUAAGUCAGAUGACACAAUCUGCAAACCUUCUCCAUUUGAGCCGUCUAAAUCCAACCCCUUUGCCCCUAAACAGGAAGUUAUAGUUACGCCCAAAGCUUUUCCGUUUGAGGCAUUAAAACCAAAUCCGUUUGCCGUUAGAUCGCAAGAUUCAGUUGCAUCAGAUGAUAAGAUCAUCAAACCUUCUCCAUUUGAGCCAUUCAAAUACAACCCGUUUGCUCCUAAACAGCAAGUUUUAGUUACUAGUGAUACAACCUCCAAAGCUUUUCAGUUUGAGCCUUUUAAACCAAAUCCUUUUGCCCGUAGAUCGCAAGAUUCAGUUGCAUCAGAUGAUAAGAUCAUCAAACCUUCUCCGUUUGAGUCGUGCAAAUCCAACCCGUUUGCUCCAAAACAGCAACGUCUAGUUACUAGUGACACCACCUGCAAAGCUUUUCCAAUUGGGCCAUUUAAACCAAACCCUUUUGACCUUAGAUCUCAAAAUUCAGUUUCACUUAAUGACAAGAUUGCCGAACCUUCUCCAUUUGCUCCCAAACAGCAAGAUUUAGUUACGACUAGUGACACGACCUCCAAAGCUUUUCAGUUUGAGCCAUUUAAACCAAAUCCUUUUGACCUUAAACCACAAGAUUCGUUUACAUCUAAUGACAAGAUCACCAAACCUUCUCCAUCUGAGCCGUUUUUCAACCCGUUUGUCCCAAAACAGCAGGAUUUAGUUACUCCUAGUGACACAAAUUCAACAACUUCUCAACCGACACAUAAUGCUCUAUCAACACCCAUCGUUGGAGGUUCUCCUAUUACUGCACAGCCUACCUCAGUACCGCUAUCAGAUCCUUGGCCUUUUGCUAGGCAUGGAUCAGAACCUGGUCAAUUUGAAAACCCGAUUCAAACAUCACGAGCUUCAGACGGCUUCACAAGGGCGAAAGAGGUUUAUUAUCAGAACAUCAAUGGACAACAGCUGAAUGUACUGUCAAGUACUGUGGGCCAGAAGUCACUACAUGCAGUGGCUCCCUUUUCCAUGCUCUCUGCAACUGAUCAACCAAGAGAUAACGGAAUAUCAAGUUUACCUGCCUCAAACCGUCUUUCGUCCAAGAAAAACAAUCUCUCGACCAACCGUAGUCCAUCACUAUUGAGAAUCCGGCACGUGUCCUUGAGAAAAAGCUCAUUGCCUGCUUCGAGACUUAUUUGCACGAGAAGUGAGGCCAAGGUCCCGUUUUUCUGUGAUGACGUUGAUAGACCCUGUCCGGUAGGUCCUUUCAUGCCACGCCCGAACCCCAAGGCUUGGAUUACAAACUCCUUGUCUUUGCAUUCGUCAUCAGGUGGCAAGGCUUGUGAGAAAGAAAAUACUCCCAAUUCGUCCAUCCAAGACUCGUACCAAGACCAAAAUCCUUCAGUCACCGAAAAAACUGAAGCCGACAUACUAUCGUUAAUGCCAAAGCUCCCAGACGGGGAAGACUACUACACGCAGCCAUCAUUGACCGAAAUAGCCUCAAAGGAAAAGUACGAACCGGGAAGCUGCACUCGAGUGGACGGCUUUGUUUUCGGGAGGACUGGAUUUGGAAGCAUUAGAUUCUUUGGGCAAACGGACGUCAGGAAUCUCGAUCUGGGGUCGAUUGUCCAAUUCAACAAACGUGAACUGAUUGUGUAUGGGGAUAACAAGAAGAAGCCACCGGUGGGGCAGGGCCUGAACAAGCCUGCUGAGGUCACCCUGCUUAAAAUCAAAUGCACGAGCAAGAAAACGGGCAAACAAUAUGUGGACGGGCCCCAGGUACAGAGUUAUAGGGAGAUGCUGGUGAAGAUGGCUAGGGAACAAGGGGCCGAGUUUGUCUCGUAUGAUCCGGUUCGAGGGGAGUGGAAAUUCAGGGUGCAGAGUUUUUAA